CGGGGUCCAAGUAGCGAGGGGAGCACCGCCAAUCUCCCAUAUCCUGUUCGCGGAUGAUUGCUUCCUCUUUUUGCGUGCCAACACGGAGGAAAGUGCAAACAUGAAAGGGAUUCUGGAUUUGUACACAGGUGCUUCAGGCCAACUGGUGAACUAUGAUAAGUCACUAAGUGUGUUUUAGUACCAAUACCGAUCAGGCUAGCAGAACUGCAGUGAUUAACGUUCUCAGCGUCAAGCAGGGGGAUCAGGGGAUACGACGGGGAAGUAUUUGGGGUUGCCUUCUUUAGUUGGGAAGAACAAGAAGGCAAUUUUGGGUUUUGUAAAAGACCGCAUUCUGUCUUGGGUUCGAGGGUGGAAUACCUGAUUUUUAUCUAGGGCUGGCCAUGAAGUGUUACUAAAAAAUGUACUGCAAGCUUUGCCUAGUUAUGCUAUGAUGAUUUUUUCUUUGUCUAUAACCUUGUGCAGGGAGAUUGAGGUUAUUCUAAAUCACUUUUGGUGGACUGGCAAAGUGGCGAGGAGAUUGGGGAUUCGGUGGAAAGCGUGGAAAGCACUGUGUACCAAAAUCAAAAGGUGGCUUGGGGUUUAUGACCUUAAGGGAGAUGAACCUGGCACGCAGACUUGGCGGCUGCUAACAAGGCCGGACUCGCUGGUUGAACGGGUGUUCAAGAGCAGGUAUUAUCCGAAUUCUGAUCUUAUGAACGCUGUCGGGCAUAACCCUUUGUUUAUUUGGCGAAGUAUAGUUGAGGUAAAUAAUGCAGUAAAACAAUGGUAUCGGGGUAGCAUUGGUGACGAAAGAUCCACUACAAUUGGGAAGGAUAUGUGGCUUGUGAUGGCAGAGGACCCAUAUGUGAGUACACACCUGCAUGAAUCCGUAAGGGAGGCUCCGGUGAGCUCAUUGAUGAAUGGGGUUGGGACUUCAUGGGACCGAGACUGUAUCAUUGAUGUUUUCAAUGCCAGGGAUGCAAACUGCAUUCUUAAUAUUCCGGUACCACCCAAGGUUCGGGUCUUCGCUUGGAAACUAGCAAUGUCGUACUCCCUUGUGCUUUGUCCAUGAAGACAUGUAUGGUACACUGCAAUAUGUGUGGAGGUGUGGAUGAAAUGAAUGCACACUUGUUCCGAGACUGCCUACAUGCUCGUGCAAUCUGGACUACGUUACAACUGACAACUUUGAUGCAUGAUCAAGGUAAUACCACCGACUGGUUUUUUGAGCUUUUAAUGUGCCUGAAAGAUGAUUUCCAGUGCAAGUUUGUAAUGGUGUGUUGGGCACUGUGGGCAAGCAGAAACGCAACUGUAUGACGAGGGGAGCAAUUCGAUAGGGACAGAGUUCUGCGUGACGCUACUGGGAGAACUAGAAAUCGGUGCAGUUGGAGGCGGUGCAGUUGGAGGGUAAUGGCGUGCAACAUGUACAGAAUGAUCCGGCUAGAUGCUCACCACCGGAGGCUGGAAGGAUGAUGCUGAACACCAACGCCGCUCACGCGAUGGGAUUGGGGUGGGUGUUGCAUGAAGACGGUGGGCACUGCUUGGCUGCGAAGAGUGUGCAGAUUCAAGGGCAGUAGACAUUGAAGCCGAGGUGCUAUGUAUGCACUGAGGCGCUAUCUUGGUUACUCAUAUGGGUAUGGGUGCUAUCUUGGUUACUCAUAUGGGUAUGGGUGAAGUUGAUGUAUAAACAGAUUCCCAGUUGUGUUUUAAUGCGCUGAGGUCUGAGUCUUUCUUUUUUGCAUUUGGUUUUUUAACGGGGUUAACUUUGCACUGCAAUCUGCGAAUCGUGCAGCCCAUGCAUUACCGCUCCAUUAGCUAGGGGAGUCUGUGCCACGUACAGGGAGUGGUUAGAUGGACCACCCUACUUUUUGGUUCC